AUGUCAUCCAAGGGCUUCCAGGAGACUUCAGCAAGCAGGAGUUGGGAGAAGGAGGCCUCAUCGGGGAGAAGGAACUGGGAUGAUGAUGGGUGGCCCAGUCGGAGCCCCGAUCCCUUCCUGCCUGAGACAUCCUCCGCCCGUCUCUCCAGGAUGGAGCCAGAGGUGGAGUCCAUGUGCUCCUCCAUGGGCAAUCCCAGCAUGCACAGGGAGGCAGGAGCCCUCCUUCUGGACCCCGAAACUUCGGAGGACACAGAGUCCCACAGCCUGAGCAGACCCACCAAAUCCUCGAAGCAGUACCUGCGACAGGUCAUUGCAGAAUAUAAAGCCCUGGACCGAGAGCUCCCGUCCAUCCGGAAGUUCGCCACACCACCUACCGCCCAGCCACUAUGCCUCUGCAUGGAGACCUUGCCAGAAGAGGACUUUACCCACCUGGAGGUGCUGGAAGCACUGGAGGCUGAGAUACCCGGCAUCAUGGAGAGCGGGCGCGUCAGCAGUAUCCGCUUUGAGAACAUGAAUGUCAUCUGUGGGACUGCUGGGCUCCGAAACCGGUGGCUCAUCACGGUCACGGACUUCCAGACUCGCUCACGCCUGCUGCGCUCGGGCAUCAGUCCCCGCGGGCUCGCGCACCAGCUCGUGCGCCAUGACGAGCUGCAGCUGGGCGACUACCGCCUGCACCUGCGCCGCUCUAUGGCCCGACGGCGCAUGCUCGAGGCCCUGGGGGCGGAGCCGACCGAGGAAGAUUGA